ACUGGUGUCCUGUUUACACCUUCAAGUCAAUCUCUUCUCUGUUCCGUAAAAAUACGCAACGAAAAAAAAAACUACUUUUUAGCGCAUCGCGUUUAAAGCGUCCAGAUAAUGUAGCAGAUGAAUUGUGGUCGAAAUAUAUUUUAUCUGAGUGAAAAGGCAACUUAUUAGGCUUCACCGUUGACGUCACAACAUGUUCAGGAACAAUUAUCAGGGUGGAGCUGUGGUUGAGAUCUUCAGUGGACAGGGCAAAGACCCUGUUGCUAAAUGGAAACUAUGUGGAGGGCCGUCAGCCAUACGUAAAGAGUAUAAUAAAGAAGUGAAAGGCUUCGUUUACUGCCUGGAGGGAAGCAGCCAGACAGUCAAGAUGCAAAUUCCAGAAAAUGGAAAAAUGUCUCUUGGGCUUCUCCAAAGAUUUCUGGUCCUUCAAGUGAAUAUUCCUCAGUUCAAUGAUUUUUCUACUGAACUUGUGAUCACUGAUUCUGAGCACCAAAAAAGAAGACUUUACUUAUCAACAGUGCAUAAAGAGUUGUCUGCGACACUGUUGCAUGCAAAGAUACCUCUUGCAGGGUUGAAGCGCAACAUUUGGUCUACUUUAUGCAUUGACCUUGUAUCACUGACUGGAGAACUGUUCAAAGGAUUUCUGACCCUGGAUGGCAUCACAUUAUUCGCUACUUGUAAAAUUCGGAGAGUCUUCACUAUGAAAAUGGAGCCUACAGGAAUAUCAGAUGAUGAUAUGUCUCUCGGUGGAGCUGGUCUCGUGGACUUUAUACCUCGCAGUUGCCAGUACCCACCAGACGUGAGCCAAGUUACUCAAGUCUUGAACAUGGAAAACUUACGGAAGGCGGAUAUGAGGACUGGCCUUCUUAGCCCUGGCUGUGUUUCUGAUCACUCUGCAACUGCCAGACCAGUGAGUUAUCGGAGAACCAGGCCUCAGGGUGUUUUACACGCACCCUCGGGCUCCAGAGCUCCAGGACCUUGUCCCCAAACAGAAAGAAAAAGCAGUGCAAUCUCAGAUACAACUGAUGACCAUAUUAACAAUACGGGAUUCAUGUCCAGCAGGAUAAAGCAAAAGGUUACAGAAGGUCCGAACAAUUCAUACCUGAGUGAGAAUAUAUCACGAGAACCUUCCAACGUUGUCCAUGGAGGUACAUUUUACAGAGUGCAUAAUGAGAGCAGGUUCAACCUGAGCACUGUGACAGACAUGAAAGAGUUUGGAGAGGCCAUGGAGAUUGUUGCUGCCAUACUGGGAGCAUCUGCCAGUUUGCAACCCCACCCCCCCCAAAAAAGAGCGUCCGAGAAACAGGGAUCUAAGAAGCUACGGGUCCUCAGCGCAGGAAGAGACAGGAAAGCCUCAUCUGCCCCUCCAGGUGGCAUUCCCGGUGACCUCAGAAAUACGAGCAAGAGCAGGGAGAAGCAAACCCCUCCACUGUGUGGGCAACAAAGCAGACAGCAGCCUCUGACCCUGACAGAAAAGUCAGAGCACCUAGCAGCAGAUGAGAGUUGCAGCAGUCUUGCCAAGGAAAGUUCAGGAGUCACUCCCACACCAGCAGAGGCUGGACUCGGCUCGAUCCGGCCAGGUUUAUCUUCUGACCCGCGGGUCCGAAGCAGCUGGGAGAGUAAUGAGGAGUCUGAGCCCCAGCUCACUCUGCGAGAGGAGGUGUUCACUUUCUCGUCCCAGCCUCACUCACCCAAACGGGGUCGAGGCCAGGGUGACCAGGAGAAGAUGGAGACGGGAGAUGAUCGGAUUCAGAGCAAACGUGGGAGGCGGUAUGAUGCUCAGCCUGAAGAUGACUUUAUUGGCAGUGAAAGUGAUGAGGAUAAGGGCUGCGCCAUCUUCCAGCAUCAAAACACUAGUCGGUCAACCCAGGCCACAACCAGAACGCUUGAUCCAACUUCGGGUGUUGAAGCUGAGGGGCCGCCUGCAUCUUCUAACGCCAACCAAACGUCACCAGAAGAGCUCAGUCCACCUAACAUCAGUUUGCAGAAUGCAUCCGCCGGGAGAACUGAACCGACAGGGAUGGUUCCCACACGCUGCCUCUCACCUGACAGGCAGGAACACAAGUUUGGUCUAAGGGGGUCAGGGGAAGUGAACCGGCUGCUGAAUCCGAACAGCAGUGUAUCACUUUGUAGGAGGUACCUGCAGGAAGUUAAACUGGGUGACUCGCAGCAGCACAAGGAAGAAGAAGACGAGACAGCGGAGCCUGUUGAUUCCAGUCAUUAUGACUUACACCUGCUUGGCAGACUGCGGAUGCAGGAGGAUGAUGAUGAGGAACUCCGAAUGCUGGCAAGCCUAAAAAGAGAGCACGAGGAAGAUGAAUGCAGAGCCUCGGGCCUCAGUUCAUCUCAGAUCCACCAGUGUAAUGUCAGCAUCAGCAUGAGCAGUGACGAUACCUCUACUUGGACCCACGUCUCCAUGCCAGCUAAUCAGGGCCACCACUAUCAGAGGGAAAUGACAACCCUCCAGCAAUCAAACCCCAGGGAGUGGAUGGACGUGCUCAGCCCCCCUAUUAUGCCUCCCAGCCAGCAGAGAAGGUCAGGCAACACAUGGAGCAAUCUGAAAAAUCUAGUCAGAGGAGGGGGAGAGCCAGAGGAUGAAGGGGAGAACGAGGACGAGUAUUUGAAUCUGCUCUACGAUCCUUGCCUGAACUGCUAUUUUGAUCCAAAGACGGGGAAGUACUAUGAACUAGCUUGACUCAGAGCCAGUGAGAAUCAGAAUUAAUAAAUCACACUGACAGUGAUUGAAUGGAUUCUGGAUUUUUUAAAAUUAUUUUGAGCCCAAGCUUAUUGAUCAGUAAUGAAUUCUCCAUUUGUAAAAAAAAAAAAAAAAAACUGUUUGUGACUGCUUUUUUGGGGGGAAUGGGAGUUUUGUGUCUCCGUGUGCAGUGUCAUGUUAUUGGGUAAAAUCAGACAGAUGCUCUUUGAAAGUUCUUGCUCAUUCAGCCGCACAUCUGAUGGUAGAAAGAGGGUUUUCAGGAGUCUCGACUGGCAAAUUAAAAUACAAGUCUUGUGAAAGAACAUCCUGGAGCUUAUUUUGACAUGACAUUUAAAAUUUGGAGGGAGUUUUAUUGAAGUAUAGGUCAUUUUUGGCUCUUUUUUUUUUAAUCUUAAUUUGUAUCAAGAAAGUGUCAUUGAAAAUAUGUUGACAUGUGAGUAUGUGAUGUGAAUUAAAUGUCAUCUGAAAGUGGCA